AUGGCAAUCAUUCCCACCGAUCUUCAGUCCACCGUGGCCGCCUUCUCCGCUGAUCUGCAGCAGAAGGUCACAGAGUGGUUGCAGUGGGACAAGAAUGAAAAGACUCGCCAGUCGAUACUGGAUCUGAUCAAGGACAACAAUGUCGCCCGUCUCUCUGAGCUGCUUCUGCAGCGACAGGCCUUCGGCACGGCCGGCAUUCGGGCGCUAAUGGAGCCCGGCUUCAAUGGCCUCAACGACCUCGUCAUCAUCCAGACCAGCCAGGGACUGGCCAAGUAUCUGGUGGAGCUGCAGCAGAAGGUAGUCAACGGAGGCGAUGGCGGCUCUAAACCCCAGCGCAGCGUCGUCAUCGGCUUCGACGGUCGCUACAACUCACUUCGCUUCGCCAAGAUCAGCGCCCGCGCCUUCAUCCACUGCGGCUACAAGGUGUACCUCUUCUCCCGCGUCGUGCCCACGCCCUUUGUGCCCUUCUCGGUGCGCCACUUCUCCGCCUCUGCCGGGGUCAUGGUGACGGCGUCGCACAACCCGAAGAUGUACAACGGCUACAAGGUGUACCUGGACAACGGGGCGCAGAUCCUCUCGCCGCACGACCGCAACAUCCAGGCGCACAUUCUCCAGAACCAGGCGCCCUGGGGCGACUUCAUGUGGGACACUGACUCGCUGACGUACGAGAGCUCGGAGCAGUGGCUGGUCGACCCGGUGGAGGAGGUCAUGGAGAGGUACAUGAGCACCCUGGUGGGCAAUGCCACCCAGGCGCCGCUGGUGGCCGCCACCGACCUGCACGCCGUGUACACGGCACUGCACGGCGUCGGCCACGAGUGCCUCACCGAGGCCUUCAAGCGGCUCGGCUUCCGCCACUACUUUCCCGUGCUCACGCAGAAGGACCCCGAUCCGGAGUUUCCCACCGUCGUCUUUCCCAACCCUGAGGAGGGUCAGGGCGUUCUGGACGAGUCCAUCCGAACCGCCACCGAAUCGAAUUCCACGCUGAUCAUCGCCAACGACCCUGACUCUGACCGGCUGGCCGCCUCUGAGCUGCACGGCACCGAGUGGCGCGUCUUCAACGGCAACGAACUGGGCGCUCUGCUCGGCUGGUGGAUCUGGAGUCAGUUCGAGGAGCGGAACAAGGGCGCAGUGCCCAAGAGCGACGUCUUCAUGACCUCCUCGGCGGUCUCCUCGAAGAUCCUCGAGACGAUUGCCAAACGGGAGGGCUUCACCUGGUUCGAGACGCUCACCGGCUUCAAGUGGAUGGGCAACUACGCGGUGGACCUGCACGUCAAGGGCAAGACGGUGCUCUUCGCCUUUGAGGAGGCCAUUGGGUUCAUGGUGGGCACGCAGGUCUUUGACAAGGACGGCAUCACCGGCGCCGCCACACUGCUCCAGCUGGCCGCCUACCUCCGCUCGAAGGGGUCCACUCUGCUGGAUCAGCUGAAUGAGAUCUACCGCACCUAUGGCUUCCACUACAGCAUCAACUCCUACUUUAUCUGCCACGACCCGGCAAAGAUUGAGCGCAUCUUCAAUCGAGUUGCCGAUCUCAACGGGCCCAAUUCGUACAUCUCUGAGUACAUCUCUGAGGUGAAUGGCAUUAAGGUGGUGCGAGUGCGAGACCUCAAUCGUGGCUAUGAUUCCUCUACUACCGACAAGAAGCCUACCUUGCCCACGAGCACCUCUUCGUUCAUGUUGACGCUCUACUUUGCCAACGGCAGUGUCAUCACCUUUCGAACUAGCGGAACGGAGCCCAAAAUUAAGUAUUACUCGGAAAUGGUGGCUGAUCCUAGUCAAAA